AUGUUGGCACCGUCGAGGCUUGCCGGAGGGGUUUCUCAUCCUUUUUUGAUUUCGCUGCAACCUUCGCACAAGUCGUUCGUGAUCAAGAAGAAGUUGGCGAAGAAGAUGAGGCAGAACAGGCCCAUUCCACAUUGGGUCCGUACGCGAAUCAGGGAAUUUGUCAGGUACAACACGAAGCGCAGGCACUGGCGCUGCACCAAGCUGGGUUUUUGAGAGGGCGACUAGGUCAUUUCCUUCUCUCAAUCUAGCA